GAAUCGGUGAUGAACAGUUAGUGAAUUCUUUCGGCUUAUUUCUUUGGAUAUGCAUCUUUGCCAUACAGAUUAACGGAAGAAAAUGGAUCAAAAUGCAGAACUUGGUGAAUGGGUCUGGCUUGCACCGAAACUCAGCAAUGAGUUUGAGAUUCCCUAUGCAGGUCGGGUGCUUCGUACCCAUUCCGGAAAGACCCUUAUCGCUGACGACGAUGGAAAUGAGGAAUGGAUCAACGAUAAAGAGGUUAUUAAACCGAUGCACAUCACCUCGCAAAAAACGGUCAACGACAUGAUAACGUUGGGCGACCUGCAAGAGUAUGCUAUUUUGCGAAAUUUAAUUGUUAGAUAUCAUCAAAAACAAAUCUAUACAUACACCGGCAGUAUGUUGGUAGCCAUAAAUCCAUAUGAAAUUUUACCAAUCUACACGUAUAAUGAGAUUAAUCUAUACCGUGACAAGAAAAUCGGAGACUUACCACCGCAUAUUUUCGCCAUCGGAGAUAGCGCGUACCAAGAGAUGCGCCAAACCGCACGAGAUCAAUGCAUAGUCAUCAGUGGUGAAUCGGGUGCUGGAAAGACUGAAAGCACUAAGUUGAUUCUGCAAUAUCUAGCCGCCACCAGUGGGAAACACUCGUGGAUUGAGCAACAGAUUAUUGAAUCGAAUCCGAUUUUGGAAGCUUUCGGAAAUGCGAAAACCGUACGAAACGAUAACUCCUCCCGCUUCGGGAAGUACAUCGAUGUGCACUUCAACAAGGAAGGCGUUAUUGGUAGUGCCAAAAUCGAUCAGUACUUGCUGGAGAAAUCAAGGAUAGUGCAUCAAAACAAGGGCGAAAGGAAUUAUCACAUCUUUUACUCGAUGUUAGCUGGAAUGAGUAAGGAGGAAAAGAAAUUGUUGGAACUGGAGGAUGCCUCCAAGUACCAGUACCUGAUCGGGGGACAAACCUUAGGCUGUGAAGGACGGAAUGAUGCAAAAGAAUUUGCUGAUGUUCGAUCGGCGAUGAAAGUGCUGGCAUUUUCGGAUCCGGAAAUUUGGUCGGUGCUGAGUUUGCUGGCUGCAAUUUUACACCUAGGAAAUAUAAAGUAUAAGGCAAUUACCGUACAAAAUCUGGAUGCUGUGGAAGUGAAUGAUAACGUGAAUGCGACUAGAGUGUGUUCAUUGCUUGGAGUACAGAAAAAUAUUCUAAUCAGCGCCCUUACCAGGAGAACCAUAUUUGCCCAGGGGGAACGUGUUGUAUCACACAUUUCCAAGGAGCAAGCACUGGAGGCGCGGGAUGCUUUCGUGAAAGCAAUCUACGGGAAGAUAUUUCUAAUGAUUGUGGAAAAGAUUAACAGUGCCAUCUACAAACAUUCACCAAAGUCUCGUAUAUCUAUUGGAGUUCUGGAUAUUUUUGGCUUUGAACAGUUUGACACGAACAGUUUCGAGCAGCUGUGCAUCAAUUUCGCUAAUGAAAACCUGCAGCAGUUUUUUGUCAAACACAUUUUCAAGAUGGAACAAGCGGAAUACACUCGCGAGGGCAUCAACUGGACCAACAUCGAGUUCAUCGACAACCAGGACGUGUUGGACAUGAUCGGAAUGAAGUCGCUUCAUAUCAUGGCGUUGAUCGAUGAUGAAACUCGUUUCCCGAAAGGAACCGAUCUUACCAUGCUUUCAAAACUGCAUUCUACUCACGGGCAGAAAACGAUCUAUUUAAAACCAAAGUAUGACAAUGUGCCUUCUUUUGGCGUUCAACAUUUUGCCGGAACAGUGUUCUACAAUGUGAAUGGAUUCCUGGAGAAGAACCGCGAUACAUUUAGUUCGGAUUUGAAAGAGUUGGUAACUAAAAGCAGCAACGAGUUUUUGCUCAAGUUGUUCGGGACGGACGAUUCGCUGGAUACUUCGAAGCGGUCGAUCACUCUUUCGUUGCAAUUCCGAAAUUCUCUGGACACUUUGAUGAGAACAUUGUCCUCUUGCCAUCCGUAUUUUGUUCGGUGUAUCAAGCCGAAUGAUUCAAAACAACCGAAGAUAAUAGAUAAAGCUCUGUGUGUACGGCAGCUGCGAUAUUCUGGCAUGAUGGAAACGGCUAAGAUCCGAAAAGCUGGUUAUGCAAUUCGCCACACCUAUUCUCAAUUUGUGCAGCGAUAUCGGCAUUUGGGUAAAAAUAUUGGUCCCGCACACAAGGUGGAUUGUGUGCUUGCGUCCAGACAAAUUUGUGAACGUGUUUUGGGUAACAUUCCGGAUGAUUAUCAAUUUGGAAAGACGAAGAUUUUUAUGAAAGAAAGUCAUGACAUGGUUUUAGAAGCCGAACGAUCACGCGUUUAUCUGUAUUACAUCGUGCUGAUUCAAAGAGCUUUCCGGCGUGUGCUGUUCUUCAAAUACAUCCGAAGAUACCGCAUGGCAGCCAUCACGAUUCAGAAGCACUGGCGCGCACGUGGCUACCGGUCGAACUAUCUAGUAAUGAGAAAUGGUUUCCGAAGACUGCAAGCGGUAAUACAAUCUCGUGAACUAUCGUACAGGUUUAUGAGAAUCCGAGAUGUGAUCACUCGCCUGCAAGCUAACUGCCGAGGAUAUUUAACUCGAAGAAACCUAAGAGACAAAAUUACCUACAAAGCCAAGAGAAUGAACGAAUUGCGUGCCUUGAAGCGCAAAGAGGAAACGCAGUUCAAGCAAUCGGGAAACAAACGUUGGCGCGAGGAUGCAGAACACAACUAUUGGCUCAGAGUCGAUGAGCUGAAUAGAGAGUUAGCACAUGAAGCGGAAGAAGCUAGAAGGGCUGCUAUCAUUAAACCACAGCAGCAAAUUAAUGCCGAGGAGGACAUCAAAAUAGUCGGUGAUGUGUUCGAGUUUUUGGACAACCCCAUGAGUCCGGAACCGGUGCCGAAGAGAAAAGCAUCAUUUGCCGAGGACGAUCCUGCAGUGGCGCUGUCCGGUGCGCUUGCAGCCGAGUACGGAGCAAAUUUUCCCUACCGCGAGGAUUUAUCCGACUAUAAUUUCGCCAAGUAUGCGGCCACGUACUUUGCGAAUAAUGUGUCUUAUCAGUUCAGUAAGCGCAAGCUCAAAUCCUCGCUGCUAGACUUAACCAGCCCGGCUGAUAUAAUCUCCGCUCAGGCUUUGUGGAUUACAAUUUUACGAUUCAUGGGUGAUAUGGCCGAGGCGCGAUACGAGGAUGAUAGCGAGGGGGCGAAACAUAGACCGGUUAUGCAAAAAUUGACGGCAACGUUAGGUAGAAGCUAUGCGAAGACAAAAGAUUUCCAAGCCUUCCAGCAGAAUUUAUCGGAGCAUGAACGCAAAUUGAUCCAUCGUACUUUAAAGCGCAAAUCCAAGAUACCGGCCGAAUUAAAGGCAAUUGUGGAAAAUACGGAUGAAAUAGCUGAUUAUCAAGAAUUCCUGAAUAAUCGUAGUACUAACUUGGAUAAGUUACAUUUCAUCAUUGGUCACGGUAUUCUAAACAAACGGUUAAGGGAUGAAAUUUACUGUCAGAUUUGCAAGCAACUGACCAAUAAUCCCAAUUCCACUUCUUAUGCGAAAGGGUGGAUUUUGCUUUCCUUAUGCGUUGGAUGUUUCCCUCCAUCGGAGAAAUAUGAAAAGUAUCUGAGAUCGUUCAUUCGAGAUGGCCCCGAACUGUAUGCUCCUUAUUGUGAGCACCGACUUGAUCGUACUUUGAAGAAUGGUACUAGAAGACAGCCUCCUUCUUGGCUAGAAUUACAGGCGACGAAAACCAAGAAACCAAUUACGCUGCAGGUUACAACGAUGGAUGGAUCCAGCAAAAAUCUAGAGAUCGAUUCGGCUACAACAGCGGGAGAAAUGUGUGAAAAUUUGGCCCAUAGUUUAGGUUUGAAGGAUGUUUUUGGGUUUUCUAUUUUUGUUAUGUUGAUGGAAAAAGUCCUUUCGCUUCACAGUGGCUCGGAGUUUAUCAUGGAUGCGAUUUCCCACUGCGAACAGUACGCUAAAGAACAGGGAACCAAUGAACGGCAUGCCGAAUGGAGAGUCUUUUUCCGGAAGGAAAUAUUUGCACCUUGGCAUGAUCCAACAGUGGAUGCUAUCACUACUAACCUAAUAUAUGCACAAGUCGUGCGGGGAGUUAAUCUUGGGGAGUUGGUUAGCACCUCCGAUAAGGAUAUUGCCAUGUUGGCAGCAUUGCAGUAUUAUGCUGAAUUCGGUAUGGAAAUGAAUAGUAAAGUUUUGCAGGAGAAGCUUAAGGAAUAUAUUCCAAGGAAUCUUGUACGAUCAGAAACGACAGCACGAUGGGUUCAAUUGAUUGAGUCUGCCUUCAAGAGGAGCCGUUGCGUUAAGGAAGGUCUGCAGCGAAUUACAGCCAAGGAGGAUAUUGUAUUGUUUGCCAAAUUAACCUGGGGUAUGAUGUUUUCGAGGUUCUACGAGGCAGUUCAGAUCGAUGGAACAAAACUUCCGACGAGCAGUAUAAUUAUUGCUGUAAACUGGUCUGGAGUCUACUUUGUGGAUGAUCAAGAGCAAGUGCUGGUGGAACUAUCCUAUCCGGAGAUUAUCCAUGUGGAAUUUGAGGAUGCGGAUGAGGGCGAUGUUAGUACACUGUCUCUAAGUACUAUUCAAAAAGAAGAAUUUGUGUUUAAAUCAUUCGAAGCCAGAGCUGUCUCUGAUUUAAUCAAUUAUAUUCUGCGGGAACUGCGUAAUAAGAGUAUUUUUGCGGUGGCGAUUAAAACUUACACGAAUGAGAGUGAAACGGACACAAUGUUGAAUCUCCUGAAAGGGGAUCUUAUUAAACUGGGUCAAGGAUUUACUGGGGAAUCGAUACUUGCAGAAGAUGCGACUUGGGGGUACGGAGAGUCGAAUGGAAAAUCGGGUUAUUUCCCCACUGAAAUCAUUUACGUGCUUCCGACGAUUAUGCCUCCAACGCCAGCAGUGAUGAAUGUAUACCGCAAGGAAGGAAUCCUAAAAGCUAGAAAGCAUACCGCUACCAAUUACAACACAAUCCAGCGGAAGAAAAUGCACACUCUACAGAGAUUCAGUUCAGAGCACUUCAGAGCACCUAUUAGUAUCACGUCGGAUUCAUCGACAUUAUCCAGUGUAAAGAAAUCAACAUCCGAACAACUUUGGAAGCACACUCGUGAACCGAUGAAGGCUCCACUUUUGCAACGCCUGCGGCAUGACAAAGAAAGAGCCGAUAGUGCUGUUAUGAUAUUUACUGUUAUUUUAAAGUACAUGGGCGACCUGCCAAGAGGGCGCGAUUAUAUCAACACGGAUAGGAUCUUCGGACCAGUGCUUAAUGAUGACGUCCUGCGGGAUGAAGUAUUCUGUCAGUUAAUGCGCCAACUAACGGAUAAUCAGAUUCAAGUUAGCGAAGAGCGUGGCUGGGAUCUACUUUGGCUGGCAACCGGUGUCAUGGUUCCCAGCCAGUCGGUACUGAAGGAACUGUUUGAAUUCCUCAAAACCAGAAAGCAUCCUAUUGCGGCCGAAUGUUUGCAAAGAGUACAGAAGGUUCUGAAGGUCGGUCAGCGCAAGUUCCCACCGUACAUUGUGGAAGUGGAAGCGAUUCGCUAUCGGACUGUCGAGAUUUACCACAGGGUGUACUUCCCGGAUGACACAGAUGAGGCGUUCCAGGUUGAAUCCUUUACCAUGACUAAGGAUUUGGUUCAGACAAUUACUAGACGAUUAGAGCUAAAAUCGAGUGAAGGUUUUAGUUUGUUCAUCAAAAUAGGAGACAAGGUGUUUUCUGUACCGGAAGAAUAUUUCUUGUUCGAUUUUAUUUACGAGUUGAUGGAAUGGAUGCGCGAAGCACUUCCGUCUCGGACAAAUGAUAAUCGCAUUCAGUGCGAGUACCAACUAUUUUUCAUGAAAAAAUUGUGGAUUAAUAUCGUGCCAGGAAAAGAUCCUUUCGCUGACGAGAUGUUCUACUUCCAUCAGGAAGUUCCCAAGCUGCUGCAAGGAUACUACAAAGUAUCAAAGACAGAAGCAGUGAACCUGGCAGCAUACAUGUUUUGGGCUCAGUACACUCAGCAGGAUAUUCAAAUGUUGCAGAAAUCUUUUGCUGAUAUGAUGCCGUUGUUGAUAGCAGAGGAUGUUGUUAGGAUGCAGAAGCCUGAACAAUGGAAGAAGGAUAUCAUUUCCAGAGUUCAAUCUCUAGCUGGGAUAAGCUCCCCCGAAGCGAAGUUGGAGUUCCUCAAGAUAGUCCAUACAUUCGAUAUGUUCGGUUCUACAUUUUUCGUCGUCAAACAAGCAACAGAUCAAAAUCUUCCGGAGACAUUGCUGGUGGCAAUUAAUAAGCAUGGUUUUAAUUUAAUCGAUCCCCGCACAAAGGAAAUUUUGGCUCAGUACAGUUUUAUGGAGCUUAAUUUCUGGAGUUCUGGUAACACCUAUUUUCAUGUGAAGUUUGGCAACAUGAUGGGGUCAUCGAAGCUGUUGCUGGAAACCAAACAGGGAUACAAAAUGGAUGAUUUGCUGACUUCCUACAUUCGUCAUUUUAGGACGCAAGCCCAACGAAACUAA